UUAGUCUCCCAGCGGCAUUGUUACAACACACAUCAUGCCAUUUAGCAUCCGCAAUACGGAAAACAAUACAUCCUACGACAAGGACUCUAAGAUAUGGAGAGGUUUGCAGAAAGAGUCCAAAUAUGGGCCGCAGGAUUCCAUUGGAUCGGUGGCAUUGAAAACAAUGCUAGAAUAUUCGCAGCAUAUUGGGCAGAUUUGCCAUCAAACCGGUAGGCAGUUGAGGAAUAUGGAAAUUGCCAUUAAGGCCAUACAAAUUGCUCAGCAUUUUGAAAAACUCCAACUAAAGCAAUGCGACAUUAUUGGACUAUGCGCUGCAAAUACGGAAUAUGUGGCCCCUCUAUUCUUUGGCGCCUUGACUGCUGGUCUCUCCAUUAGCACCUUGGAUCCCAGUUACGAUAAGAAGGGCAUUAAAAUCAUCUAUUCUUGCACCCAGCCUCGUAUGAUUUUUUGUGAUGGCAUCAAUUAUUGGAGAAUACGUGAAGCCUUUGAUGAAUGUGGCUUAGCCUCGAGUCCUGUGGUGACACUUAAUGGCCAUAUCAAGGGGGUUCCCAGUAUUUUGGAGUUCUUUGAGCAGGAAGUUAAACCCGAAGAAUAUAAUAUUCCUCUUUUAGAAAACGGUGCCAAUCAGGUGGCUGUAAUUGUCUGCACAUCGGGGACCACAGGAUUUCCCAAGGAAGUGUGCAUAUCUCAUGCGGCCCUGUUGCAAUUGUUCGAAAGCGCCGAUUUUAUGAACAGAAGAUUCCUUUGCUUCAGUUCUCUCUUCUGGCUGACAGGCAUAGCAACUCUUAUACAAGGCACUAUUGGCCGAGCCACUCGUAUCAUAUCUGAGAAACCAUUUAAGCCGGAGGAUUUUUUUCAAAUUGUUAAACAACACAAAGUAGACAUUUUCAUGGGACCUCCUUCCCAAAUGGCAUUGGCUUUAUCUUCAAACGCUAUCAGCGAUAGUGAUUUCUCAAGCCUUGAAUACUUUCUCAUAGGUGGAGGUUCCAUAUCGUAUGCCCUUACCGAAAAAUUUAAGGCAUAUGCCCCACAAACUAUUUUCUAUGGAGGAUAUGCGUCAAGCGAGACAUGCUGUGGCAUAGCCGCAGGCAUAUGUGAACCCAGCAAUGCAGUUGGUACGAUUGGUUCCAAUGUUGAAAUAAAAAUCAUUGAUAAUGACGAUGGUAAACAUUUGGGUCCCAAUGAGUCUGGGGAAAUAUGCGUUCGUACCAGACUGCCCUGGGCUGGUUAUUAUAAAAAUCCGGAACGCACUAAGGCCAUAUACGAUGCGGAAGGUUGGAUACACACUGGCGACAAUGGUUACAUCAAUGAUGAAGGCAAAUUAUUUCUGAUCGACCGUAAGGCUGAUAUACGAAAAUUCGAUAAUUUCCAUUUCUCUCCCAGCGACAUAGAGAAAGUGAUCAAUGAAUUGCCUCAAGUGGCAGAUGUUUGCGUUGUGGGCAUACCGGAUAUUGUACAUGGUCAUCUGCCAGCUGCCGCUGUAAUAAAACGACCCGAAAGCACCAUUGACGAGAAGGAAAUCUAUCAGUAUGUCGUCGAUCGCAUGCAAAAUUUUGAACAUUUACGUGGUGGCGUUUACUUCUUUGAAAGCCUACCUCGAACGGUGACGGGAAAAACUGUACGCCGCAAAGUGGUCGAAAUGUGUCAAGAGCUAAAGCAGUCACAAAAAUGCUAGUAUUUUAAAAUUGUGCUUUGAAAAUAAAUCUAAAUGAGUAUGAAAUAAAAUUGCUAAAGAACUCUUACUCUGA